CGUGUUUCUGUACACAGCAACGCAAAUUGCAAAUAUCACAAUGAAAAGGCAAAGAUCUGUAGAGAGAAAGAAUAAGAGUGUUUCUAAGAGGCGCCGUAUAGAGCCCUCUUCAGAUGACAAACAGUGGUACGAGGUGAUGUUGAGUCUGGCGGCUAAAUCUGCUCGUAAAUUGACCAGUGCCAUCAACAAGUCUGAGGAGCGUAGGGAACUUCCCACCAUACCACAACCUACGCACCAGAUGGAGUGGUUGGCUAGAGUCAAUUUUAAGCACAGGGAAGUGCGCCGUGACGUAUCAAAACAGAGACAACACCAAGUCUCCAAGACUCAGGACUUGAACACAUCCUUUUACGUCUAUUAAUAAGGAGAUUGUUCUUGGUAAAGAUGCAAACUGCAAAGAUAUUUUUUCAGCAAACGUCUUUGGCAAGAUGGACAUAGUGACAAUCCCAUUUGCACUUGCACUCUGUGUUGAGUCUCUUGAAUAUGGAAUAUUAUCAACUUUCGGCAUGUUUGUACAAAGACAGUGUUGUAUAUAUUCAACGCAUGCGUUGUAUUAGACAUUGCUAAUAUAGCAUUCAUACGAAUAUCGCUGUGCUGGAAUUCCGUUAUAACGGGGAGCAUUAAAAUAGGACCCUGUGUGUUUUAAUUUCAACACAUGUGAGACAUACUUGACAGAGACGUUGUUCAUAUGACAAGUUUUAUUGCCGUCUCAAGAUAGUCAUGGUACCCAAGACUGUACUGAGCUGAGAUUUUUUAAUUAAGCCAUUUUUGGGGACAAUGUGCAUGACUGUACAAAGUGUUGUAUUUAAUACAUUUCCUGCUUUUUUGCAGAGGAAUUGUUUACUGGCAUGUUUUCUUUGCCGUUAUUUUGUAGGGCAAAACCCACCAUUUUAGCGGUUUAUUUCUCUUGAUAUAUAAAAAUUAAACAAACGACGAGGACCGAGAUUUCAAGAUAUUGAAAAAAAAAACCCAAAGUAAUUUGCAAUGUCUGAAAAAUAAAUAUUAUUUUGACUUUAAUUUCAUAUUUUCCUCUCAAAUUUUGACAUUCUUUAUAUAAAAUUUCCUGUUUAUUUCAAUUUUGGUUUUUUUUUUUUAAUUCUUUCAAAUAAUAACAUAGAUAAAAUGAGCUGGUGUGAUACACUCCUAGUUUAAAAUAGUGGGUUAGUGCCAAUUUUUUUUUUUUUUUAGCAAUCUGUCCGUUGUUGUCCAAUUUUAGACUGACGAAUAUCUUUGAUAAAAGUCUAAUAUAUAAAAGUAAGAUGUACCCAUAAAUAAUGAUUUUCAAAAUUUUAUUUGCAUGGUUAAUUAUUUCCAUUUGAAAAUUUGACCAUUCUCAGCGGGACAGAUUGCUUAUGUACAUGUUUUCUGUACAUGUAAUUUUUUUUCGAUUAUCUUUGACACUCAGAGUUUCAGUAUCAUUUUUUAAAACGAAAAAUGGUCAUUUUAUUGAUAUAAAUAUAUAGUUCAACUUUCAUAAGAUAUAAAUGGCAAAAAUAUAUUUUAUA